UCCGUGCAGGCGGUGCUUCGGGUCAUGGUGGCCACCGCGCCCUCCAUGUGCAACUCUCUGCUGGUCGUUCUGUUUGUCUGGCUGAUCUUCAGCAUCCUGGGAGUGAACUUGUUUGCAGGAAGGUUCGCUUACUGUUCCAACCACACAGACGGCAUAAUCUUUGAAGUGAACAACAAGACGCAGUGUUAUGAGCUCAAUGACAGCAGCCCCACAGAAGUCUACUGGAAAUACACUAAGUUUAACUUUGACCAUGUGGGGAUGGGUUUACUUUCGCUCCUGAUCAUGGCCACAUCAGCAGACUGGAAAGAAAUCAUCUACUCCGCUGUGGACUCCACAGAGGUGGACAGUCAGCCCGUAUAUGAGUCCAGACCGGUCAUGUACCUGUACUUUGUCCUUUUCAUCAUUUUUGGCUGCUUCUUCAGCGCCAACCUCUUCAUCAGGUUCUUUGUCGACGCUCUCCAUCAGCUGAGCAACAAGGCUGGAGGUAAACAUGUUUUCAUGACGGAGGAGCAGCUGAAGUUUCACGGCACCGUCAGGAAGAUGUUCCCCAAGUCACCUGAGAAAGCUGCUCCACGCCCAACGAACCGGUUUCAGGCUCGGCUCUUCAACCUGGUGACCGCUCCGCUGUUUGAGAUCCUGGUGGUGGUGCUGAUCUGUGUGAACGUGGUAGUGAUGAUGAUGGAGUCAGACGAUCUGUCUGAGCAAGGCCAAGAGGUUUUGAUGUGGUUUUUGUACAUCUUCUUAAUUCUCUACUGCAUCGAGUUCUUCCUGAAGAUCACUGCUCUCAGACGGCACUACUUCUGCUUCGGCCUGAACAUCCUGGACUUUGUAGUCCUCAUCUUUAUGAUCUUAGGCUUGUUCAUCAGUGAUUUGUUGGCGCACUAUUUUGUCAGCCCGGCUGCCUUGUUUCUUCUACGGUUGGCUCGCAUCAGCAGAGUCCUCCCAUUCUUCCGUUUGGGUAGAAGGAUACAGAUGCUGCUCACUGGCUUCAUGAUGUCUCUUCCUGCCCUCAUGAACAUCGGGCUCCUCUUCCUCCUUGUGGUAUACACCUAUUCCUUCAUUGGGACGCGUAUUCUUUACAUGAUCAACUUUGGGACAAUUGGGGACAGCAUGAUCAGUAUGAUUCUCUUCAGCCUGUCCCCUACCUGGUCCUUUCUGGUGAGGAAUAGCACGACAUAUUCUCCACCCACAGUCAUCCCACUCGGGUACUGGGCCAACCUACCGGCAGGCGUCGUCUUCUUCUGCUCCUACGUCCUGCUGCACCUCCUGCUGGUGGUCCACCUCUUCAUUGCUGUCAUCCUGGAGAGUUUCAACAGCAGGGAAGCAGAAGACGCCGUUCUUCUGCAGAUGUUUUACAACACCUGGAGAAAGUUUGAUCCUGAAGCCUCACAGGUCAUACAGUACAGUGAGCUGUCAGAUUUUUGCGAUGCGCUCCAGGAUCCGCUGAGGAUUCCUAAGCCAAACAACAUCCGGCUGAUCAACAUGAAUCUGCCUCUGCUCCCGGGAGACCAGAUCUGCUGCCUGGAUGUCCUGAAAGCACUCAUGACUCAGACAUUUGGUGAAGAGAAAGAAAUGGAAUCUCUUAAAGACCAGCUGGAGAAGAAAUUUACCGGAAACAAUAGAAAACAGGUGUCUCAUGAACCAAUCAGCAGCACCCUGCAGAGGAAACAGGAAGAGGUAGCAGCAGCAGUGAUCCAGAGAGCGUUCCGGAAGCACCGGGCGCAGAAUGGAGCUCCAGACCAGCCUGAGGACAAAACCACAGGCGUGUCGGCGUCUUCCCAAUGAGCACUUGACGACUUCUCCUGUCCGAGAAAUGUUUGGAGAGAAACUUCCCAACUGGGAUGGUCGUCCUCUGUGGUGUUGUCCUGAUGGAAGUCUCCCUGUUCCAGUUUCUACUAAUGCUGUUAUCGGGAAAGUGUGACAUUUUCCACCUCUCCAUCUGGGUUUACUUCGAUUAGCUCACAUCAUGCUUCCCUCACAACAGGAAGUGAAAAUACUUCUCAUGUAAUCUUAUGUUUUUCUAACACAUUCUGGGCCUAAAAGUGACCUUUUGUCAGUAACUAACAGACUAACUCACAUCUAAUGAUCAGCUGAUCUGAACACAAACCAGCUACCAGCAGAACCUCUGGAGGCAGAGUUACUGAUCUUACAAAAGCAAGAGCUAGAGUUAAACACAUUAAGCUUCAUACCUGAACAUUACAAAAAAUACAUAUUUACCAAACUGCUAGGACUUUUACUACAUUAUGCUUCUGUUUAGUUUAUAAAAACAGAAAGUAAUAAACAUGAAUAUGAAACUAU